UUCUUUGUCUCCACAUCACUACAAACCUCUCUCUUUUUUUUCUUCUCUAAGUUCACUUAAACCCACAAUUAAAUAUAGUAAGAGAAAGAAACUUAACCAAAGAAAAUGGAGAAUAUGGGAACUAGAGUGAUAGAGCCAUUGAUACUGGGGAGAGUGCUAGGAGAUGUUCUUGAUUUCUUCACUCCAACAACUAAGAUGAAUGUGAGUUAUAACAAGAAGCAAGUCUCCAAUGGCCAUGAGCUCUUUCCUUCCUCUGUCUCCUCCAAGCCUAGAGUUGAGAUCUAUGGUGGUGAUCUGAGAUCCUUCUUCACCUUGGUGAUGAUAGACCCAGAUGUUCCAGGUCCUAGUGACCCCUUUCUAAAAGAACACCUGCACUGGCUCGUUACAAACAUUCCCGGUACAACAGAUGCUACAUUUGGAAAAGAGGUGGUGAGCUAUGAAUUGCCAAGGCCAAGCAUAGGGAUACAUAGGUUUGUGUUUGUUCUGUUCAAGCAGAAGCAAAGACGCGUUAUCUUCCCCAAUAUCCCUUCGCGAGAUCACUUCAACACUCGUAAAUUUGCGGUCGAGUACGAUCUCGGUCUCCCUGUUGCGGCUGUCUUCUUUAACGCACAAAGAGAAACAGCAGCUCGCAAACGCUAGUUUCACUAAUGUCCAUCAAACGCAAAAAAAAAAAAAAAACAGUUGGAUAAAAUUUGUAAUCACGUGUUUAUUUAUGUUAUGAAUUUCCGUACUUUGAAUAAAGCUUGAGUAAUAUCUGAAA